AUGGCGGACCAGCAGUCUGUGGCCAACAACCCCACAGAGUUCUAUGUCUUCGUUAAGACUUGGCAGGGCAAAACCUUUGCAGUGCCAGUGUCUCUGGAUGACAGUGUGAGGGAUCUUAAGGUCAAGCUGAACAAGUGUGACUCCUCCCUGACCCCCGAAAGAGGAAUGUUGCUCUACAAUAGCAGACAGAUGGAUGAUGACCUGACCCUGCGACACUAUGAAAUCACACCCAACUGCUCUUUGUACCAUACACUAAUAUUGCGAGGCGGUGGUGUAGCUGUCAAACCUGCAUUUUCAGACUUAGCUCUAAAGAAGCUGGUGGCACGCCCUCGCAUAUCUCUGACAGACGAGGCCUCGGGGAGUGCAGAGGAGAGCUGUAGUGACAGGCUGAACCUGGGCCCACCACCGCAGGGAAACUGCUGGCACUGCCUGCGGGAGGAUCUUCCAGAAGUGACGCCAGAGAUAACCCAAGACUUUUUGAAGUACCGCACUGUGUACCGAGCUCACCUCCCCGGCGCAGGCGUCUUCCAGUGCUCCAUCACAGGCCUCGGCUUCGAGGUGAAGUCAGCAGUGACCAUCACCUACAGAUACGCCACCUGGACCAGGCACCUGAGCGAGGCUGACCAGGAAAUGUGGGUGCCCGCCGGACCCCUCUUCCACAUCGAGGUGCAGCCCGGGGUUGUGCAGGCGGUGCGUCUCCCUCACGUCAUCUGCCUGGAAGAAGUCACAAAUACCAGCCUGUGCUCCAUUGCCCAUUUUAAAUCUGGGAAGAUGACCCUGGAGAGACCGACCAGAUUGAUCGCUUUCUCUGCUGUCCUGGAGAAUCCCAGCUUCUCACUGCUUGGGGUGCUUUGGAGGAAGUUACGUUCGACCUUAAAUUCACUCCCUAUGCACUCCUUGGUGCUGAUCUUCCAGCAGCUCAGUUGUGCAAAUACAACUCUUCACCUCUACCUGAUCCCAGAUGACAACUCAGUGAAGCAGGCCAUUGAAAAGCAAGAAAUGAAUUGGAAUUCAAAGUUUAUUCCCAAGCCUCCUCCAUUCAACCCUCUGUUCUUUGGCUGCAUUUACCAGGUGACCAGCACAAAUUCCGUGGUGAUAAUGCCUGAC